AUGGCAUCCAAUAUCUCUGACUACCUCAUUACAGACGACCUCACCAUCCUUCUCGGCCUUAUUGGUGCAACAGUCUUCUUGCUACGGAAUCUCUACAAACCGCAGCCCCUUGUGCAUCCCAUAUUGCUGGGGAGGCAGAGUGAUGUCGCGAGAGUUCGCAAUCCCAACGAAAGUGCUGUCUACAGAAACUAUGGAACAGGCCUUAUGGGAAGGUUCCCCUUGAGACCAGCAAAGGAUGUACAAACAACGGCGGACUUCGUAAAGAUUGACUCGGACGCACCACGGACGUUGUGGUCAACAAAAAUCACAAAUUCCCGUCUUCAAGAGCGCAUUUCUGCGUUCGGCACCGGCCUCAUUCGUUUAGCUGGUCUUCAACCGAACGAGUCCAACGUCCUCCUUGGUCUCAACGAUGGACUUGAAUUCCUCAUCACAGACCUGGCGCUCGCGUCCUACUCCAUCCGCUCACUUACCCUCUCUUCAUUGACGCUGAUGUCGCCAGUGUUGGAAGCGCACCCGCUUUCUGUUAUCAUCACCCACGCGGAGUUCGUUUCUCACAUCUUGGAGCUUAUUUAUGAUGCGGACGGGCAGCAGCAAUACACCAUUAUCGUCGUCGGCGAGCCUACCUCCAAAACUCUUGCCAGCGUAUCAAGCAAGGUCAAGGUACUUCUGUGGUCGGACGUAGAGAGGGAUGGGACGCGUGCGGACAAAGCCUUCGCCCCUCAGCCUAAGCCCAGUGAUGUAUAUACCACUUCAUUCUUUGCCACUAAGGACGGCCAAGUACACGGUGCCGAACUCACUCACGAGAACUUCACCGCUGGCGUUGCAGCCGUCAGAGCACUCCUCCCUCUUUCGAACACAAUUUCUCCUCUAGACACCAUCGUUUCCUCACACUCACUCAGCACCGCAUACGGAAGGGCAAUCGCAUACACUGCCAUCUACGAGGGUACUAGCUUUGCCACCCUCGACAGCUCCAAAAUAUACGUAGAGGAAGAUGCCCACUUCUCCAAGGACGUUAAGGAUGUCCGCUCAGCAAUGAGGUUCCCCAUCCCCCCGCCAACUAUCCUAUUCAUCAACCCCGACCACCUAAAGUCACUCACCUCAUCCAUCCUGGGCGUAGCCAAGAAGUCAUGGCUUCUCUUCUCCAUUGCAUGGCGCCACAAGAUCGCUGGUCUGACGGAGGGCUUCGUCACUAAAGACAGCCUUUGGGACAGACUCCUCUUCGACACAGCUAGAGCUCGGGUUGUCGACGAAUGUGCUGGCUCGUUGAGAGGCAUCGUAGUCGCUGGAGGUCGUUUAGAUGCUUCAGAGCUGCCAUCUGCGCGCAUCGCACUGUCCAUCCCAAUAGUCAACGCCUACGUACAUCCAGCCGUCACCGCGCCAGUCCUUGCUUCCCACCCACUAGAUCUUCAAGAGUUCCCCGACACCGCAGACAAGUCAGCCCACGUCGGCCCACCCAGCAUUAAUCUAGAGACAAAACUGACCGGGGUGGAUGACGCAUCUGUCGAGGCCGGUGGCGAUCCCGUUGGUCUGUUGCUUGUUCGAGGCCCACCCGUAGGCAAAGUUGUUGGGCUGUCAUCAGAGGCACCGAAGUUGGAAGAAGACUGGAUUGCAACAGGAGAGCAGGCGAGGGUGCAGACCAACGGAUCUUUCAAAAUAUUGUCGUAG